GCCCUGCCUGUACGCCGCCAGCGGAGCCCCGAGGCCGCCGCCCUCCAUGCCCACUUUCUUGUAGCUUUCCUCCAGGGGACUCAAGAUGUCAGACACUGAGAACGGAGUCGUGUGCUUUGGACUCAUCGACAUGAUUCGGCGGCGGCUGGAGGAGGAAGGAAGAGGAGGAAAAAAAAAGGGAGAGGGGGAAGGCGAAGCCUCGUUGCUUUUUUUUUCUCCCUUUGCCAAAUAUUCUGCUGUUACCUUAACGCCGAUCUUGUUGGAUGUACACGUAACGGAGUGGACCGAGUCCUCCUUAAUUGGCUUGAGUGGAGGCUCGGGGGCUGCCUCGCGUUUGUUUUAGCCCGGCGCCAGGUUUUAGGCAGCCACCAGAGGCGGGGCGUAAGCGCUAAAGCAACAAGACAAUAGAAGCCUACAUCUUGCCCGAGAUAAUUAGCUUACAUGCUGAUGACAAGCGGAAAGAAAGCGCAGGGCACCUACCGCCCUCCCACCUGGACCCGCGUUUCCGUGCCGCCCCCAUGGCAGCGCUGGGGAGAACACCCUGCGUUUGCGCAGGGAGACGCGCUCUCGCCGCUUGUGUUGCGAAAGACCAGCGCGAAGCCCUGCUGCUUGCCCUUCCUUCCCAGGGGGUUCUCUGGGGGGCGCUCUCAGGAUCCGACGAACUGCGCCUUGGUCACUGUGGUGUCUAAGCAAGGAGGGGAGACGACGCUGGGCUUAAGCGAACCACAGAGAACUGGCAACGCUGAAUACAGACCUUGUUUGCAGGCUCGACCCGGGCGGGCCUGCGUCCCGAAUGGGGUCUGAUUGCGAAGGCGGGGUGGGUUUCCCAGUUACCCAGCUUCUUUCUCUCACUCGCCAUUAUUUUAUAGUUGUUGGUAAAUUUAAGAAACACCAAGUGUAGAAUGCUGUACAUCUCUUCCAGUCUCAACGCCAUUUAGAAGUGGAGAUCACUCUUCGCAAGGUUUUUGUGAGAUUCAAGUAAGAUGGAGCACAUCAAAGUGCUUUGAAAGCUUUGAAUGUUUUUCAGCUCGGUGCCAGCACUGGAGAAUGCCGUAGUUAUUAUCAUGAUUAUCCCCACCCCCUCUUUAGGUCCCCAGACUUGAGUAAGAGUUGGAUGAAUCUUCCACAGCCCCUGGGUCCUGUCUCCUCGGCCUUCGUCCCUGGGCAGCUUUUCAGCCUCUCAGCAGGUCACAGGUGCACGUGGCUGGCAGCUCCCUGGCCUCCAGCUGGGAGAGUCCCAGGGCAACCGGGCCUGCAGCUCUGGAGGGAGCCCCUGCCCUGCCGUUCUGGACCAGUAACCCUCUCCCCAGAACCGCGCAGCAGGUGGCGAGUCUGGGAGCUGAACUGGAGCGGAGCUCGCAGUGGCUGGUGCGGGCAAAGACUCGCGCUUCCCUCUGGGGCGAAACUGGGACUGCGCUUCAACCUCUGUCUGCAGGCGUGCUUCUCGCGCUCGCCAG